AUGAACCACAAGAGCAAGAAGCGGAUCCGCGAGGCCAAGCGGAGUGCGCGGCCGGAGCUCAAGGACUCGCUGGACUGGACCCGUCACAACUACUACGAGAGCUUCUCGCUGAACCCGGCGGCCGUGGCGGAUAACGUGGAAAGGGCAGACGCGUUACAGCUGUCCGUGGAAGAAUUUGUCGAGCGCUACGAAAGACCUUACAAACCCGUGGUUCUGCUCAAUGCCCAAGAGGGCUGGUCUGCUCAGGAGAAAUGGACCCUGGAGCGCCUCAAAAGGAAAUACCGGAACCAGAAGUUCAAGUGCGGUGAGGAUAAUGACGGUUACUCAGUGAAGAUGAAGAUGAAAUACUACAUCGAGUACAUGGAGAGCACUCGAGAUGACAGCCCCCUUUACAUCUUUGACAGCAGCUAUGGUGAGCACCCGAAAAGAAGGAAACUUCUGGAAGACUACAAGGUGCCCAAGUUUUUCACUGAUGACCUUUUCCAGUAUGCCGGGGAGAAACGCAGGCCCCCUUACAGGUGGUUUGUGAUGGGGCCGCCACGCUCGGGAACCGGAAUUCACAUCGACCCUCUGGGAACCAGUGCCUGGAACGCCUUAGUUCAGGGCCACAAGCGCUGGUGCCUGUUUCCUACCAGCACGCCCAGGGAACUCAUCAAGGUGACCCGUGAAGAAGGAGGGAACCAGCAAGACGAGGCUAUUACCUGGUUUAGUAUCAUCCAUCCCCGGACGCAGCUUCCCACCUGGCCGCCUGAAUUCAAACCCCUGGAGAUCUUACAAAAACCAGGAGAGACUGUCUUCGUACCAGGAGGCUGGUGGCAUGUUGUCCUUAAUCUUGACACCACCAUUGCCAUCACCCAGAAUUUUGCCAGCAGCACCAACUUCCCUGUUGUAUGGCACAAGACGGUAAGAGGAAGACCAAAGUUAUCGCGGAAAUGGUAUAGGAUCUUGAAGCAAGAGCACCCCGAGUUGGCGGUCCUGGCCGACUCGGUUGACCUUCAGGAGUCCACGGGGAUCGCAUCCGACAGCUCCAGUGACUCCUCCAGUUCCUCCAGCUCCAGCUCAUCCGACUCGGACUCAGAGUGUGAGUCCGGGUCUGAAGGGGACGGGACGACGCACCGCAGGAAGAAGCGGAGGACGUGCAGCAUGAUGGGAAACGGGGACACCACCUCCCAGGACGACUGUGUGAGCAAAGAGCGCAGCUCCUCCAGGAUUAGGGACACUUGUGGAGGCCGGGCUCACCCCUGA